AUGGGACCAACGGAAGAACGACAUCGGUGGUCUCAGAAGCUCGAGAAUGUAUUGGAGGAUCGUGAUGCUUUGGAAGCGUUCAAGAAGUGGAUGAAGAAUGAGUCAUCGUUAGCCGAACAUCCCAUCAACUUGCACUUUGCCAUCAUAGCUUACAAAAAUAUGUGUACGAUGAAGAAUUCUCGUGCUGCAGAACUUGCGCGUAGUUUGCAUCAAAAAUAUAUCAGUUUAAAAACCGGCGUCUGUUCGUUUUUGCAUGAGGAUCUUCGACGAGAAGUGAGCCUUCGAGUUCAUGCCUUUUCGGCUGGUGAACCAGAUCCAACAGUAUUCGACUGUGUGGUUUUACCAGUAGAGCAAUAUUUGAGACAACAACAUGCUCAGUUUGUUUCUUCUGAAGAGUUUAUUGACGCUUACAAUCGAAUGGGGGAAUAUACUCCGAAACCACCCCGUAUUCCUUCUUCAUUAACAUCAAGUCGCAAGCAGCGGAAAUCAUAUCCUUGUCAACCAACUCUUACUGCCGAAAUGUUGCUGAAAACGCAGCAUGAACGGGAAACUACAUUAGGUGAAAGUGAAGUGGAGAAGUUAUAUCGGCCAGUAAUGAAAACACCAUACAUCUGCAAUGCAACAACUAGUAAAAAUGAUUCUGCAGUAUCAUCUACUUUCUCAAGUGACGCUAACGGUCAACAUCCAGCCGUGAAAUUAAGUACAAUUCGAGAAGAGCAGCUAAAAGGCAAUCCAGCUACGCAUACAUUAGCGAGAGUAGAGAGAGUUGAUGGUGGACCGAUGGUCAUUCACUGCACAGAGGAAGGACGAAGAGCUUUUGCUGCACUUCUAAUCGAAAAAUUGAAUGUUUUAAGUGCCCGUCGAAAGAGAAAUGAUGUCAUGAGCCAGCAACUUCGUGCUAUUGAGAGUCAUAAGUGCUCUGCACGCGAGGUUGUGAAUGACGUUGAACCAACAGCUGCUGAAGAAGACGAUGAACUGGAACGGUAUGUACGGCAAAGAAUGGCUGAUGAUUCUAAUAAACCAUCACCUUCGUAUCAUUCUCCGGAUUCCCUGAAUGCUCAGUCUCUUCGUUUUCGACGACGAUCACCAAGAUCAAGUUCACCGGAACGCUUUCGCCAGUACGUUGCUUCACCUAUAGCUAAUGUAUUUUAUUCAUCGAAUCCGUAUAGCGCAAAUGGCUUUGCACCGCCACCAAUUAGUCGACACAAUCGAAUAACAAACGUUAAUCCUGCUGUACUGAAAGGAGCACGAUGUGAUAUGAAGUCCAUGGCUAUUUAUGACACAUCGGGUAUCGAAUCAAUGGCUCCGUCAUCUGUAAGUGAACGGGAUGAAGCAGCACGUGCCGCUAUCUUUCAAAAAGCGCGAAUGCUUUCAUAUGGUGGUUGUGUAAGCAGUAGUAGUUUUGGUCGUAGAAGCAGCCACAAGCAGCAUCACGAUUUCAAUUCUCUAUCGCGUUCACGAGGAGGAACAGACCCAAAACAGCUAGUGACUAUUAGCUACAAAGAGAAAGGUCGUGUACCAGUAGUUGCACAUGUUCCAACACAUCCGAUCACAUUUCGAGAAUUUCGUAAAUACUUAGGGAUUUCGUCAAAAUCAAGUUUACAAUUUUAUUUCAAGACUGCCUGUGAAGAUGGUAAUUCACCCUAUCAGUUGCUCCUUGUGAACGACGAUGCCACAAUAUUACCGGUAUACGAAGGUCGCAUAACAGCUGAAUGCAAGUCAGUCUCUGAUUCUGAAUAG